AUGAGUGCCCAGGGCUGCCCCUUGCAGCUGCUCCUGCUGCUCCUGAUCGGUGAGUCGGCUCUGGAUGCUCAUUUGAGGACCACGGUCACCCCACACAGUACCAACUACUCUCUGGAAGGAGGGCCAAAUACCACCGCCCUGGAGCAUGAAGUGGAGACCCCAAAACUCAUGAUGAUGCACCCCAUGGACUAUCAGGCGUAUAAAGAUGCCUGGUAUAGAAGCAAUGCCAAAGUGUGCUGGAACAGGUUUGUUCAGCAGAUGGCCAACGUCAGCGGCAUGCACUUGUGCGAAUGGAGCGUUAUCAGCAGGCCAUACACCACCUUGAGACAUUGCCUGGAAGAUUGGGCAGACAGAUUGGAGUACGGCUACCCCAACGCCUUGGCAGAGAAUUACACCGUCUGCAGCCACCGUAUGUACUUUCUCAAUUGCACUCUGGGGCGCCCACUCCUCCUGGACCCCCCUGAAAACGUCCUGCUGACCCUGAUUAUCACCCCCAUCUGCCUUAUUCCUUUCUUGGUCACCCUGGUCGUGCUGAAGAGCAAGGAUGGCGAGAUGCAGGCGUGA